UUGAGCCUUUGAGGAUUUCACUAAGAAGUUCUUGACAGAGGGAACACCAGGGGAAUGAAUCACAUUGUUCCUUUUGGGAAAAGAUGAAAACUUUCUUUGUGGCUAUGUUGGCUACUGUCUAUUUCUCAUAUAUUUUUGGUAACGCUCAAUAUAAGGACAUUCUAUGCAGUUAUUAUCAAAAGAAGACCGUACAUCAGAAAUCUAUAUGUUCCAUAAGAGUCAGCCCAUUAUGUGCUUCUAAUAACGUUACGUAUUCUAAUUCCUGCAUCUUCUGCUUCGCUAACAUAGCUUUGAAAAACACUCUGAAAAUUCAAUAUGGUGGAAAAUGCAGAAAGGCUAAAAAAUCUCAGAACAUGACUGGAUUUUCCUUCGUUCAUCAGGAGUGAACCAUUUGAAUUAAACAUCGUCUUUCUUUCAAACAA